GCCGAGACCGUCCCUGCCCCCUUGCUUGAGCCCGCCGGCCUCCCUUCUGCACAGCUGACUCCGCGCCUCCACAAAACCGUCACUUUUUACCAUGUUCUCCAGGCUCGCCAGGCCCCAGGUGUCUUGCCUCCUCGGACACUGCGCCAAGAACUUCUCCACCACAAAUGCGGCCCAGAAGAGGGUUGCAGUGAUGGGGGCCAGUGGAGGCAUUGGCCAGCCCCUCUCCAUGCUGCUCAAGAAUUCCCCUCUGGUGACCCAACUCUCCCUUUACGAUAUUGUCCACACUCCAGGCGUGGCAGCCGACCUUUCCCAUAUUGAAUCCCCAGCCAAGGUCACAGGCUAUGUAGGACCUGAGCAGCUACCUGACUCUCUGAAGGGAUGCGAGGUUGUGGUGAUCCCUGCUGGAGUGCCCCGCAAGCCUGGCAUGACCCGAGAUGACCUGUUCAACACAAAUGCUUCCAUUGUUGCCAACCUGGCUAAGGCCUGUGCAGAGAACUGUCCUGAAGCCAUGAUUUGCAUUAUCUCCAACCCUGUGAACAGCACUGUGCCUAUUGCAGCCGAGAUAUACAAGAAGGUCGGUGUAGAUGCCAGCCGCAUCUUUGGUGUGACCACCCUGGAUAUUGUACGUGCGAACACCUUUGUGGCAGAGUUGAAGGGUCUGGAUCCCACCAAAGUGAAUGUGCCAGUGAUCGGUGGCCAUGCGGGUGUUACCAUCAUCCCACUCAUCUCCCAGGCCACUCCAUCUGUAGAGUUCCCCGAGGACCAGCUCAAGGCACUCACAGAGAGGAUUCAGGAUGCUGGCACUGAGGUGGUAAAGGCCAAGGCUGGGGCAGGAUCAGCCACUCUCUCCAUGGCCUACGCAGGUGCCCGGUUUGCCUUCUCCAUGAUUCGUGCCCUCAAUGGAGAACCCGGUGUUGUGGAGUGUGCCUACGUCAGAUCCACAGUUACAGAUGCCACCUACUUCUCCACUCCUCUCCUUCUGGGCCCUAAGGGCAUGGAGAAGAACUUGGGUUUGGGUAAACUAUCUGACUAUGAAACCAAGCUUGUGGAAAAUGCCUUGCCCGAGCUGAAAGGAAGCAUCAAAAAGGGAGAAAGCUUUGCUGCCAGCAUGUAAAAUUCUGUCAGCCAAUUUUUACCGGUGACUUUGAUUCCAAAGCUUAGCUACUGAGGAGUGCUCAUUCAGCAUGUUGCAUUUUGACCCCAUUCCAAACUGAUCUCAUAAUCAACAUUUUCCUUUGUUGAUUUAAUUAGGUGAUCAGCUUUGGAUGAAGUCUCAGUGCUCUGGUCAGGAGGCAUGCUUUUGAUCAGGAACUGUUGUUUAUAGAAAAUUAUAAAAAAAACUGUAAAUAGAAGUCUUAAAUUAUCAAUAAAAAGAGAAAAAUCA